AAUUAUCGUCCCGACAGUCUUUUCCUGUGUAAUUUUCGCUGACUGACCAAGCGAUCCCAGCAGGAAUGCACGUUAUGCAGGUCUGGCUGUGUGUCCUUGCGGCAGUUUUGCCAGCAUUAUUGGCAAUGAACCAGCCUGACCAACUAUUCGACGGCGACCCGAACAGUGCCAAUACCACAGCGAAAGACGAUGAACUCUUGUGCAUGGAAGAAGAGUUUCCGAUAGCCGUCAAUGGCGAUGAGAAGACGAAGGAGGCGAUGCACUGUUUCCCAAGUCCAAGUCAUCACAUUGCAAAGUGUACAGAGCGUGUACAGCAGCUUGAGCAAACUAUCGCUCAGCUCCAGCAGCCGCAAGAGCAUUUCGGCAUCGCUGAAACACCAGGAUCUUCGCGUUCCACUCCGACCACAGCACAGUCUGAGAAGAUCGAGCCGGGAAAGGAUGCGGAUACCAGCAUAGAACUGUGGCCGAUGAGGAUGCCGUGCUGGCUCCUACAUUUUACUUUCAUCCUCUGUGUGAUCAUCGCCAUGUACUGGGCAGGAUUUAUCGUGUUUGGUUUGCUCUGGUGCUGCGUAAACCCGGUGCUAGCCGGUUGGAUGGGUUUUCUCGCCGCAUGCAUCGCCGGAAUCAGUUUGCUUAAGUUUGGAUGCCUACUGUAACGCGCCCUUAACGGAUAGU